AUGGAAGAUGUUCGCCGAAUGCACAGAGUGCCCAAACUUGUGCGAUUCAAUAAACACAACAAAGAGGAUUGCUACACUCCUAAGAUGGUUUCCUUUGGCCCUUAUUACCAUGGCUCGCCAGAACUUCGCAUGGCAGAAGAACUCAAGCGUCAAGUCCGUAGGGACUUUGUUUCAAGCAGAUGCACAGAAUUAUUCUACGACAAGAUCUCACAAGUGAUCGACCAGAUUAGAAAUUGUUACGUUGGUGUUUCUACAGAUGCAUAUGAUGAUCGAGCACUAGCAGAAAUGAUGCUUCUAGAUGCAUCUUUCGCUAUAUAUAUCAUGGAGGUCAACUUGGAAGAUAUCGAAAAAUGUGAACACUCCCGUCAGUAUCUUGGAAUAGCUGCAACGCCAGUUGUAACCGAGGAUCUGAUUUUGUUCGAGAAUCAAAUUCCACUCCGGGUUAUUAAGCUCUUGUGUGACUUAAUGCAUGGAGAACACACUUUCUAUAAGUUCUUAAGAUUCUUUGCUUUUAAGAAUAUCAGGCUAAUAACAAGAAUUCCUGUAGAAGACGAAGGGCUACCACUACACCUUCUGGAUGCUUCCUAUCAACUACUUGUCAAAGAAGUGGAUAAUGCAGGAGAAGAGCCUUUUGACCGAUAUCAAUGGUGGCAGUGGAGGAGAGGAAAUCUAAAUGAAUCGAGAGAAUACAAUCGUCAAUCUCGUUCAGUCACCAACCUCAAAGCAAAGGGCAUCCACUUUAAACCUAGUUCUUAUUGUUUGAAGGAUAUUAAGUUCAAAUCCUACAUAUUUUUUGGGCAACUUCAACUCCCGGUUUUAUUUUUUCAUGCUAAUUCCAAGCUAAUAUUUAUGCAAUUGAUUGCACAUGAAAUGAGUCUAAAAAACGAGUAUAAAUAUACUGUAUUAUGCUACAUUAAUUUCAUGCAAUCGCUCAUUGUUAAAUCUGAAGAUGUCAAGGAACUGAGAGAAAAGAAGAUACUCUUCAGCAACCUGGACAGUGAUGAACGGAUUGUAGAAGUAAUCAAAGGGAUUGAUACUCACGGACGUGAAACUGACUUUAUUUUUGAUGAGGUGAAGACGAAAAUUGAGAAGCACUGCAGCAGCAAGGGAAAAACAUGGUUUGCUGAACUAAUUCACACUCAUUUUCACAGUCCAUGGACUUUUACUGCCUUACUGGCUGCCAUUUUUCUUCUUUGCUUAACUUUUCUCCAGACCUAUUACACAAUGAAUCCUCGCAAGUAA